AUGGCGCCUCACUUGCACCAGCGGCCUCCAUUCCGCGCAGAGCACUUGGGUUCGCUGCUUCGCCCUCAAAACCUGCUCGAGAAAAAGACCGCCUCCGAGAAGGGUGAGAUUCCCGAGUCGGCACUGAAAACGGUCGAAGAUCGGGAGGUCCAGAAUAUUGUGGCGACUCAGUUGAAGCUGGGAUACCAUGCGGUAUCCGAUGGUGAAUAUCGCCGUCACAUGUUCUGGGGUACCUUUUUCCCGGGCUUGGAUGGUUUCGAGGAGGUGACCGAAUUUGACGUGGACAUCUUCCGCCCUUAUGCUCCGGAUAUUGCAGCUUUCUUGGAGUCCGGUCACAAGCCGGGCGAGACCGUGUUGUGCACAGGCAAGAUCAAGCACGUGGGCAGCACCUACGUUGAUCAAUUCAAAUAUUUGGCAAGCCUGGUGCCUCAGGCCGAUGUGAAGAACCUCAAGAUCACUUUGGCAGCUCCGAACUGGUAUCACUUGCGCUACCGCGAGGGGAAGUCAUACCCAAAGGAUGUAUAUGCCAAUGACGAGGAGUACUUUGGCGAUAUUGCCAAGGCUUACCAGACCGAGCUGAAAAUCCUAUACGAUGCGGGCUGUCGCAACGUCCAGUACGAUGAUCCGAACUUGGCAUACUUCUGCUCGGAAAAAUUCUUAACCGGCUUCAAGGAAGAUGCCGGAAAUGUUUACAGCGCCGAUGACUUGUUCCAAAAAUACAUCAAGCUGUACAACGACUGCUUUAUUGGACUCCCCGAGGACAUGCACGUCGGCGUGCAUCUGUGUCGCGGCAAUUUCGUCGGCAGCCGUCACUUUUCCGAAGGUGGAUAUGACCGCAUCGCCAUCAAAUUGUUCCAAGAGCUCAACGUGCACACGUACUAUCUCGAAUACGACACCCCUCGUGCGGGCGGAUUUGAGCCCUUGAAGUAUCUCCCCACGCGCAAGAACGUCAUCCUCGGUGUGGUCACCAGCAAAUUCGCCAAGCUGGAAGAUAAGGAGGAGAUGAAGAAGCGGGUCAUUGAAGCGGCCAAGUUCAUCGCCGAAGGGAACAACGUCUCCCUUGAGACGGCGUUGAAUCAGGUUGGUGUCAGCCCUCAGUGUGGGUUCGCCUCACACCGGGAGGGCAAUGCCAUUGACCAUGACGGCAUGAUUAACAAGCUAAGGUUGGUCCGGGAAAUUGCUGACGACCUCUGGCCUGGCCAGCCUUGA